CGUACAGCCAGUUCUGACAGUGACCUCCACGGCGCCUGUGUCCCUCCAGUUCCUCCUCAACGUACAGCCAGUUCUGACAGUGACCUCCACGGCGCCUGUGUCCCUCCAGUUCCUCCUCAACGUACAUCCAGUUCUGACAGUGACCACCAUGUCGCCUGUGUCCCUCCAGUGGCUCCUAAACGUACAUCCAGUUCUGACAGUGUUCUCCACGUCGCCUGUAGAACGGGCAAGUUGCAGCAAGUGCAGCACUUGCUGUCUGGUGGCCAAGCGGAUGUCAACGCUGAAGGAAAGGACGGCAGGACGCCGGUGAUGCUAGCAGCAUGGUAUGGCCACAAGAAGGUGUUUGACUUCCUUGUUAGUAACGGCAGCGAUGUAACUCAAGUGAGCGAUGAUGAUGACAACAUUCUGCAUUUUGCAUGUUUGGGAGGUAAUAUAGAGAUAGUGAAAUAUAUCCUGGAACAAGAUUUUAUUGACAUAAACAGUCGAGGAAAGUUCGGGAGAACCCCAGUUAUGAAAGCAGCAUGGGGAGGUCAUGUGACCGUGUUUGACCUUCUUGAAAGGGUAGGAGCUGACCUGUCCGUAGUGAGCGAGCACGGAGACACCAUCUUACACUUAGCAUGUAACAGAGAUAAUGUGCCUAUGGUGAAGCACAUCCUGUCCAAGCACAUCGUCGGCGUCAACUGCCGGGGUAAGAGCGGGAGGACGCCUGUGAUGAUUGCAGCGAUGUUUGGACACAGGGGCGUGUUAAAUGUACUUGUUGAUAAAGGUGGUGAUGUGUCACUCGUGGAUUCUAACGGUGAAAACUUGCUCCAUGUGGCGUGUCGGGGAGGAAGUAGCAGCAUGGUGCUGCAUUGUCUCUCUAAACGCAUCGCUCGCAUCAACAGUAAGACAAGAAACGGACAGACGCCAGUGAUGUUAGCAGCUGAGGGGGGACAUGGAGGAGUGUUUGAUUUGCUUGUCGGUAAAGGAGCUGACCUGUCAUUAAAGGAUGGUCACAACAACAACAUACUACACCUGGCAUGUAGUGGGGGUAGUGUGAAGAUUGUACAGCGUGUCAUGUCAGAAAACAUUGCUGGAGUCACAAGUAUAGGAAGCAAUGAUCGAACUCCUCUGAUGUUUGCAGCAGAAAGGGGUCAUACAAAAGUAAUUGAUCUACUUAGGGCGCAGGGAUGUGAUUUAUCCGUAUCGGAUGUGGACAAUAACAACCUCCUCCAUAUAGCCUGUCUUGGCGGACACAUAGAGAUGGUUCUAUAUGUCCUAAGAUUGGACCUUUGUGACAUGAACAGUAGAGGGAAGACUGGACAGACACCCCUGAUGUUUGCAGCUUUAAGGGGAAAUAGAAACGUGUUUGAUGUCCUCGUAAGUAAAGGUGGUGACCCAUCCCUGGUGGAUGAUGACGGUAACAACAUUCUCCACGUCGCCUCCUUAGGGGAAGAUGUAGAGAUGGUGAAGUAUGUCCUCUCGCUAAACAUCGUUGACAUCAACAGUGGAGGGAAGUACGGGAGGACGGCGGCGAUGCUUGCAGCGGAGUCUGGACAUCGGGAUGUGUUUUACUUCCUUGUGUGUAAAGGCAGUGACAUGUUGUGUGUUGAUGACAAUGGAGACAGCAUCCUCCACGUGGCCUGUAUUGGAGGACAUGUGCAGAUGGUGGAAUGUAUCGUCUCACUGGACAUUGUGGACAUCAACAGCGGGGGGCAGUACGGAGGAACGCCGCUCAUGUCAGCAGCUGAGGGGGGACACCGAGACGUGAUGGACUUGCUCAUCAGUAGAGGUGGAGACGUGUCUCUGGUGGAUGACUACAACAACAACAUCCUCCACGUUGUCUGCAUCGGGGGCAACACAGACAUAGUCAAGUAUGUCCUCUCAGAGCAUGUUGUGGACAUUAACAGCAGAGGCGAGUACGGGAGAACACCCGUCAUGAUCGCAGCACGCUGGGGACAUAAGGGCGUGUUUGAUCUCCUGGUAAGCAGAGGUGCAGAUGUGUCACUUGUAAAUAACCACGGGGACAACAUCCUCCACGUGGCUUGCUAUGGGGGUCACUUGGACAUGGUGAAGCACAUUCUUUAUAAAUAUCAUGUAAAUCUCAACAUCACAAAUCAGUACGGAAGGACAGCAGUGAUGAUUGCAUCACGAAUGGGCCAUUUAGGUGUGGUAGACCUGCUUGUAAGAAGAGGAGCAGAUGUGUCUCUGGUGAAUCACAAUGGUGAUAACCUGUUACACGUUGCCUGCAGCGGGGGGCACCUGGAGAUGGUGGAGUAUGUGGUUCUGCGCGACAUGGUCGACAUAAACGGUGUAGAACAUGUUGGGAUGACACCGCUGAUGUUGGCAGCAAAGAGUGGACACAUUCAGGUGUUUGACUUCCUUGUCAGUGAAGAAUGUGACGUGUCUGUGUUGAAUGUAAACGGGGACAACAUCCUCCACGUGGCGUGCAGUGGGGGAGAUGAGAAGAUGGUGAAACACAUAAUCCAGCUGGACCUUGUUGACGUGACUGCCAGGAACCAUUUCGGGUCCACAGCAGCAAUGGUAGCCAGGGAACACGGCCACCAGGGGCUCUCGGACAACAUGCCAAGUUGAUGAUGGCCAGUACUGCUGACCACUUUGUCACGAUUGUGGUCAAACAUCAACUGAAUGGAGAAACUAGCGGGGUCCUUUGACGAGAAACACAACAUAUUUUGUGUCCAUAUAUUUAUGAUAUAAUUUACCAUUUUCAUCCUUUUUUGUGUGAUUCUAUGAUUGUACGCUUGUAUUGUAAACACUAUCAUGCAAUCUGUAAACUAUAGCCAACUAAUCACAUCGGUGUGUUUGUCUCUGUCGCCCACCUUGAGGAAGGUAUUACAGAAAGUAACAAUAAAGCUUUUGUUGAGAG